CCCUCCCUUGCAUAGAACCUGACGAGAUUGAGACAGAGAGAGAAAGAUGAGUGAAGAACAGCAACAGGGGAAGAAGCAGAUGGAUGCGAAGGGAAAGGAGGAGCUUCCGCUGGAGAGCAGUCCGUACGUGAACUAUUCGGAUCUGGAAGACUACAAGCAGAAGGGUUACGGAACUCAAGGCCAUCUCGAGCCCGUCGAAAACUCUCGCACCGGCGGCGCCACCGAGGGACCGACCCUCUCCGGGAGCGACCUGUCUCGUGCUCAGGCCGAAGCCGUUGAAAACAAGAAUCGCCAUGGCCCCGUCUAGUACUUAUACUCUUUCUCAUGAUUGGUGCAAUAAGUCUUUUAUAAUUUCCGUUUUAGUGGAUUUUUUGUGGGGUCAAGCUUAUGAACUUGUGUGAUUUGGUAUAUUCCUUUUUAUUUGCUGCUUUUGAACUUGUAAUAACGCACAUGCAAUUUGGGCACUAAUUUCGUGUUUCAUGACAUGUGAAUGGAUUUAGGGUUAUAUGAA